CAGGAGUGAUACUGGUCGACCUUGGGGGGGGUGUCAUUGUGGAACUCAGAUUAGAUUUUUUUGUCCAAGUUGGAUUUCGACGAUUGGAACAGGGUUGUGAAAGUACCUAUUGGAAGGAUGAGGAUUACAAAGGAUCUAUAAAGUCCUAAAUUCAGGGUUUUUUUCUAACUGAAAAGAAAGUAGAACCAGAACUGUGUGAUCUUUGUUGUUUUAUAAUUGAAAAAGACUGAACUGUAGAUGGAAGAGAUUUCUGAUGUAAAGAAGUUGAUAUGGAUUUCACUUAUUUUGAGAAGAAAAAGGAAUGCAAAUUCAUUAAUUUAGUGUCUUAUCAGGUACAAGAGAUAUUUGACUUUAAAGAGAAAAAAACCCCACCUUGCUGCUAUAGCCAUUGCAUUAAGCAUGAAUAUAAAUAGUUGCUGAAAAACACUGACAACAUCAAACAAAAUGAAGUUCUUCCUAUUGCUUUCAGCCAUUGGGUUCUGCUGGGCUCAGUAUGCCCCACAUACCAAACCUGGACGAACAUCUAUUGUCCAUCUCUUUGAGUGGCGCUGGAAUGAUAUUGCUCUUGAAUGUGAGCGAUAUUUAGCUCCCAAAGGAUUUGGAGGGGUUCAGAUCUCGCCACCCAAUGAAAAUGUUAUAAUUAAUAACCCUUCAAGACCUUGGUGGGAAAGAUACCAACCAGUUAGUUACAGGUUAUGUACAAGAUCAGGAAGUGAAGAUGAAUUCAAAGACAUGGUGACUAGAUGUAACAACGUUGGUGUCCAUAUUUAUGUGGAUGCUGUAAUUAAUCAUAUGUGUGGUAAUGGUGUGAGUGCAGGAACGAGCAGUACUUGUGGAAGUUACUUCAACCCUGGAAAUAGGGAUUUUCCUGCAGUCCCAUUCUCUGGUUGGGAUUUUAAUGAUGGUAAAUGUAGAACUGGAAGUGGAGAUAUUGAGAACUAUAAUGAUCCUUAUCAGGUCAGAGAUUGUCGUCUGGUUGGUCUUCUUGAUCUUGCAUUGGAGAAAGAUUAUGUGCGUUCCAGGAUUGCUGAGUAUAUGAACCAUCUCAUUGACAUUGGUGUAGCAGGGUUCAGAAUUGAUGCUUCUAAGCACAUGUGGCCUGGAGACAUGAAGGCAAUUUUGGAUAAACUGCAUAAUCUAAACACAGACUGGUUCCCUGGAGGAAGUAAACCUUUCAUUUACCAGGAGGUAAUUGAUCUGGGUGGUGAACCAGUUAAAAGCUGUGACUACUUUGGAAAUGGCCGUGUGACAGAAUUCAAGUAUGGGGCAAAACUAGGCACAGUUCUGCGCAAAUGGGAUGGAGAAAAGAUGGCUUACUUAAAGAACUGGGGAGAAGGCUGGGGUUUCAUGCCUUCUGACAGAGCACUUGUCUUCAUUGACAACCAUGACAAUCAGCGAGGACACGGAGCUGGAGGGGCAUCUAUUCUAACAUUCUGGGAUCCUAGACUGUACAAAAUGGGAGUUGGAUUUAUGCUAGCUCAUCCUUAUGGAUUUACACGAAUAAUGUCAAGCUUCCGUUGGCCAAGAUAUUUUGAGAACGGAAGAGAUAUUAAUGAUUGGGUUGGGCCACCAAAUAACAAUGGAGUAAUUAAACAAGUUACUGUUAAUCCGGACACUACUUGUGGCAAUGAUUGGGUCUGCGAACAUCGAUGGCGUCAAAUAAGGAACAUGGUUAUGUUUCGUAAUGUAGUUGAUGGCCAACCUUUUACAAACUGGUGGGAUAAUGGAAGCAACCAAGUAGCAUUUGGAAGAGGAAACAGAGGAUUCAUUGUCUUUAACAAUGAUGACUGGCCAUUAUCUUUAACUUUGCAAACUGGUCUUCCUGCUGGCACAUAUUGUGAUGUUAUUUCUGGAGAUAAAAUUGAUGACAGUUGUACUGGAAUUAAAAUCUAUGUUUCCAGAGAUGGCAAUGCUUAUUUUUCUAUUAGUAACUCUGCUGAAGAUCCGUUUAUUGCAAUUCAUGCUGAAUCUAAAUUAUAAAAUUUGAAUUAAAUACCUAUAUUCAGAGAAAUAA